UUCAGACCACCCUAAUAGCUGUGCUUGCCACCCACUCGAUUCGAGGGGGAGCUUCCGUGGAGCUUUCAUCGCUUUGACUUUGGAUUCAAGUGCGCAGAGCCGUUAACUUUGCAGCCAUGAAAAUAGUGUUAGACAAACAGAGUCUGCGAGUCGGCGCAGGGGGGCCUGACAAAAACAGAUGAACAACUGGUUUUUUUGGCCAAUAGAUAGAUCACCCCUGCCCCCUGCUCGGCAAACAUUCGUCCAAUGUUUUUGAUGUCUUGAAUGUUUCAAUUGUAAGGGAAAAAUAACCCAAUUUAUAGGCAAAUAGAAAAUAUUGUCUCGUCAGUUCAACAACAUGAGUCGGCAACUGAAGUUCAAUGUGCAGGUCGAGGAUCCGUCGCCGUCGCCGACGCCGUCGCGGUUGUCCCCGUCCCAGUGGGAGGAGGAGUUCCACUCGGAGCUGGUCGAGAUCAACCUGAAUGCCAGCUGCGGCCAGGCCAAGCAGCAGUCGGCCCAAGCCCUGGACAAGCUGCUCCUGGCGGCCAGCACGCCCCCACAUCGCGGCUAUCCCUAUGGCUAUGCGGACAUUGAUCGCGGCCCGGACUCCUACUUCUGCAGGAAGUCCAACUCCACGGGCCAGCUGGCCGAGAAGGUGUCACCGGCCGCGCCUGCCGCCACCAACAUCAGCUGCCUGCGGCAGAUGUACUGUCCGGAGUGCCACGAGCGGUUGCACGAGCAGGGGGUGCGUCUGGAGCGACUACUGACCAUGUGCUGCUUUGCCCUGCUGCCCAUCUAUCCCUGCUGCAUGCGACGCUCCAACGACGACUGCAAGGUCAUCUGUGGCAAGUGCGGCUAUCUCUUGGGUGCCUGGAAGCGGCAAUGACAAUGGCUGAUCGAAGGGGGGGGGGGAAGCUAUGUUUUUCGUUUGUUUUAUUUUGUUUUUAUUAUUUUUAAGUAGUUUUGUUGACCUUGGAACGAGAGAAGAUGAUACAUACAUUCCCAAAAAGAAAUAUAAAUUGUUACUUUUCGCCGAAUCUCUUUGGUUCG